CUAUUCGGUGAAGUCGGCUAAGCGAUAAUAUAAACCCAUGUAGGCGUGAAAAUUUCAUCAGCCAUUAGUCAAAAAUUCCAUCUUUCUUCCAAAUAAAGAAUAUUUAUAUGUGAUCAAAGUGUUUAUCAAAGUGAAAAAUAUGUUUAUUUUGAUUAAAUAUAAUAUUUGAAUAAACAUAUUUAGGAAAAUAUUUACUAGCUGACCGCAAGUUUGUUCAUCGUUUUACGAAAGUCAUCGUUAUUGAAUCCAAAUGUUUGCUGAGAGAUAAGAGGCGUUGUCUAAAAGCUCUUUGUCGGGUAUAAAAAGGCAAACAUAGGGGCUUAACGAUCAGUCUUAUUUGAGAAUUAAACAAGAAAGGAGUUAGUUUAGUGAUCGCUCACAAUGCUGUUUACCAUCGGCCUUGUGGCUGUCGUUCUGGGCCUGGCCUACAGAUUCUACAUCAAUAUCUACACUUAUUGGGAACGCAAGGGUGUUCCUUUUGAGAAACCUUUGCCCAUAUUUGGCAACAUGAAGGGAAUCGGAUCGAAACUACAUUUCCGGGAAAUCAACCAGAGGAUCUACGAUAAAUUCAAGGGAAAGGCUUCGUUUGGUGGAAUGUACACGUUCUUCAGGCGGACAGCCAUGAUCACAGAUCUGGAUCUCAUCAAGCAGGUGAUGAUUAAGGACUUCAGUUACUUUCAAGAUCGUGGUACCUUUAACAAUACCAGGGAUGAUCCCCUGACGGGGCACCUCUUCAGUUUGGAGGGCGAAGAGUGGCGUUCGAUGCGGCACAAGCUGUCACCUGUUUUCACCUCCGGCAAGAUGAAGCAUAUGACGGAAGUGAUUGUGGAUGUGGGUCAUCGUCUGGGUGAUGCUAUGGCCAAAGAGGUAAAGGAGGCCCAAAAAGACGAUGGAAAUGUGGAGAUUAAGGAUCUGUGUGCCCGAUUCACCACCGAUGUCAUUGGUUCCUGCGCCUUUGGCCUAGAGUGCUAUAGUCUCCAAGAUCCCAAUGCCGAGUUCCGGCAAAAGGGACGUGAGAUAUUCACACGGCGUCGUUACUCGCAGAUCGUUCAAGCCUUUAUGGUUUCCAAUCCUAAGUUGGCUAAAUUUUUCCGUAUGAAAGCUUUACCUGAUGAUAUAACAAACUUCUUCUUGUCUACGGUCCAAAACACCGUUGACUAUCGCCUCAAGAAUGGCAUUAAGCGGAAUGAUUUCAUCGAUCAGUUGAUACAGCUCCGAGCCGAGGAUCAGGAAGCGGCUAAAAAGGGUAUGGGAAUCGAUCUGUCUCACGGCCUGACUUUGGAGCAAAUGGCUGCACAGGCCUUUGUGUUUUUCGUUGCUGGAUUUGAGACCUCGUCCAGCACAAUGUCCUUCUGCCUUUACGAACUGGCAAAUAAUCCGGAUAUUCAACAACGUUUAAGGGAGGAGAUAGAAAGUGUGUUGGGUAACGUAGAAGGAGGAGAGCUAAGCUACGAUUCCUUGGCACAAAUGUCAUAUUUAGAUCAGGUGAUUGCUGAAACCCUUCGGAAACAUCCUCUCCUUCCCCAUCUCAUCAGGGAGUGCAAUCGGGAGUACAAAGUACCCAACACAGAUAUUGUUCUGGACAAGGGCGUGAAUGUCGUGAUUCCUGUUCACAACAUUCACCAUGAUCCUGAGAUUUAUCCCGCGCCAGAGAAGUUUGACCCCAGUCGCUUUGAGCCCGAGCAAGUCAAAGACCGUCAUCCAAUGGCCUAUUUGCCUUUUGGCGAUGGUCCACGGAACUGCAUUGGUCUGCGUUUUGGAAAGAUUCAGUCGAAGAUUGGCAUUGUAUCCUUGAUUCGUCGCUUCAAGUUUUCCGUAUCUAAUCGAACUGAAGUUCCUUUGAUUAUGUCCAAGAAGGGUUUCCUUUUGGCUAGUGAAAAUGGCAUUUACUUAAAGGUGGAAGCUGUUUAAUUUUAAAACAAAAAACAGGUUGAGAGUUCAGCCAUAGACAAAAGCAAAUGUUGUGUAAAAUUAAUUUUAAAUAGAUUAAAUACGUUAUACAGCAAAAGUGAAAGAGGAAAAUUAUUUAUUUAUAAGAUUUAAUCGAUGAUUAAACAGUGGCUAAAACUUUGCUAAUUAAUUUGGCAAAAGAGCCCCAAGCUAAAUCAGAUAAAAAAACAAAUUAUAAUUGUAUUUGAAUAAAGUUAAUAAGUUUGUUAACUGA